AUGACUUGGAAGGGUCCUAGUGAUCUAGAUUUGGGGGAGGAUGAUCAAAGGAUGUUGAGGAAUAUCCUAGCAAGUAGAGAGGUGAUGGGUUCCAGGGAGCAAGAUGAAAUCAUUUGGUGUGGUGCGAAGAGUGGAAUUUAUUCUGUCAAGCUGGGGUACGCCUUGUUGGAGGAAGAUGUCAGGAAGGUGGAUUGGGAAGCAAAGAUAUGUUGGAACAACGCUUGUCUGCCCAAAGCAGGUGCGUUCUCAUGGCUGGCGGGUAACAACUGUAUUUUGACCGGGGAUAGACUUAAAAGAAUGACGUUUGCGGGUCCCUUUUGUUGUGUGCUUUGUAAGAAGCCGGAGGAAGAUGUGGACCAUCUUCUUCUGGGAUGCAAAUUUUCCCAGGAAGCAUGGCGAUUCGGGUUGCAGAGGCUGAGUUGGAAGGGGUCGUUGGCAGGGAACCUGAGAGAUUGGCUGGAAUCGUGGUCGGUUUUGAACAAUUAUUCAACUUUCGUUGCAAUUUGGAAGGUCAUGCCAUCAACAGUAAUGUGGGAAGUUUGGAAAGAAUGGAAUCAACUGCUCUUUGAGGAUAAAACAAAACCCAUGGAGUGA